AUGAAAUCGACAAGGCAGUUCACUAAACGGCGUCCGCAAUCACCUCUCACGCAGCCAGCAACUACAACUCAUGCAAGCUCAACAUUGGCACCAAUGGCUUCGGCGACGGCAGUAACGGUUCAAAGUUCGGCACCUCUGCGUGCAAGUGGCAACACGACACAUGCGAAAGAAGUGGGUCAUGAGCAACAAGAAGUUAGCCAACAUGCGACGUAUCAAGCGAAUUCCUACAUGCCAAAUCAACCCCAGGAACAAUACAUAGCAACCCAUGAUCACAGCCACGACCAUUCACAUGCUCACAGCCAUCAACACAAUCACGAUCAUGUUCACGAUCAACAUCAACACCAUCCUCAUCUUCAUGACACGCACGAACACAAACACGACCAUGAUCACCAUCACCAUGAUCACCAUCACCAUGACCACCACGACCAUGACCACCAUCACCAUGACCACCACCAUCAUCAUCAUCACCAUUAUCCUGCUGUGUCCAUCCCACCUUUUCCAUCCUGGGCAGACAUAUUUGCUCAUUUGGCACCUAUGCAAAAGACUAUCUUCACCUGGUUCUUGAUCCAUUGUGGUAUUGGCAUUCUUGUAUGGUGGGCAGGCGCUUCUCGCGAUAGCCUUGCUAUCAUGGGAUUAUCUUAUUUGGUGAUCUUUGAUGCCCUUGGGGUGCUCAAUACAUUCGUAUCGGAUGUUGCUAGAACCCAUCCAGCAUUCCUGGCUUCGAGCACAAAGCGUCCUUUUUCGGCUCGCCGAUAUGAAAUUGUGUUUGCCAUGGCUACGACUAUUUAUCUACUCUUUGUCACGAUGUAUACGACCAAGGAAUCGCUAGAGCACUUAUUAACAGAGGAUGCUGAUCAUCAUGAUCAGGGACAUCACAAAUCCCUUGGCUUCACUGGCUUUAUCAUCCUAUGCAUUUCUAUGGGUGCUACAGUUAUUGCUUGCGUCAACCUUAGAAACCAUGACAAUUUGGUGCGCUAUCUUCGUCGAUCACCUCCCACUGUACAUGGCUUUUCAUACAACGUGAUCAAUGGUGCUCGUGGCAAUGCUGUUAACAUUGUAUUGUCCAACAUUUAUACCACAUCGAUCUUGGCUUCUUGUCUUGUUGUACUCGUAUUCUUUGUGCUUGGCUUUGCAUCGCCCAUGACGGAUAAGUUUCUUGCAUUUGGAGAAUCCGUGAUUAUGCUCUAUUUGGGAGGUCCUACAGCAUUGGCUCUUAUGAAGCUGCUGCUUCAAACGACACCCGAUGUGGCACGUUCAGGAAUUGAAAGCCGGCUGUUUGAGAUACGUCAAAAUCCCGAUGUUGUCGCCAUUGAUCGAGUCCAUUUCUGGCAAAACACCUAUGGCAAAUGCGUUGGCACAAUCGAAGUUCAAGUCAAACCCACUGCUGAUGAAGAAAGCAUUCUCCAAUUUGUAUACCAAAAGUUAGAAGGCUUGACUACCGCAGAUGCUGCUGAUGUAGAUGGUCAUUCGAGCUAUUCAAAAAGCGAGCUCACUGUAAGCAUUAUUAAGCAAUGA